GUUCGCUCAGGAGACGACUCGGCCUUCAGAGGAGGCCGUCUCAUGUCAAAUACCGCGCAUGCAUACGGGUCAGUUCGGAGCGCGCGGAAUAACCGCUAUCCCACUUUCAAUUUCGGUGAGAGUGGUCGUCUCGAAAUGAAAUCCAGGUACGGACCGGACCCGGGUCUUCAGCGGCUCAAAUGCCCACCUGGAAAUGGCUACUCGAUUCGGCAUAUCUGGUGAAUCUGAGCACUCAGAGAUGAGAUUCAAUUCAAUCCCCGCACAAUCUUAAAAAGAAUUGAGGGACACACAGUAGAUCCGACGUAAGGAAGUCCUACGAGGCGUCAGGAUCGGGCCGGUGUGGCCGAUCAGCGGUCACUCGCAUCCAAAGCGGGGUGAUCGGAAUUCGACGGAUUUCCGAUGGCUUGUUACCUCAAGAACCAAAUCAACUUGGUGUCGGCCUCAGCGAAAUACAGAAUGUGGUUAUGUGUUUUCCAAGUGCACGAGAUUUGCUUCUGGAUGCAACAAAGUGUUUCCUCUCGGAGCCCCGCUCGUCGAAAUGACGUCCCACGGAACACGAGUGCAUGAGAACCGGAUUCAAAGCGAAUGGGAGUCUGAAAGAUGUGGUCUCCGGCGCCGAAGCCGAAGGUGGUCAGGCGGCCGCUAGACAGUUUCAAUCACCAGAGGCCGAAGCUCAAGAAGAAGAAGAAUCCUCUCGAGUACAGGCCCGAGAACCAUCGAGGGCACCGGUACUUCGGGAUUCGACACUCGGACAUAACAGACUACUUGGAGAAGAUCGUGCCCAGCCAUGCCUUCGCUCCCGCGAACAUCAACGCGGGCCCUCCGACGAAUUUCGGCAAAGGCAGACUCAACGAGCAGGCUCGGCCCAGCACUGCGCCGGCCGCCAUCCCGUGGUUCGGAAGGACGAGCACCGACGUCUCGGACUGGCUGCGCCAACUUCCCCCGGCGCAUCUCGGAGCCGACCCCGACGACAAGCCCCUCCCCCACUUCCCGACGCGGAGCUCCAUCGUCACCGACAACCGAUGGCAGACGAAGGACUUCCCGCCCGUUCCCAACGUCCUCUGGCACUAUUGGUCCGAUCGCCCCAGCAGCGCGCCUCUGGCCACGGCGCCUCAGCAGGUGCAAUUUCAAACCAUCAUCGACGCAAUUCGAAAGAAUAAGCCCAAGCCCAAAGAUGGCGCCGCUGUAACGUCCGAGGCGCUCCCGUCCGGUAGUAACGCUCCCACGCCCAGAUCUGCAAGAGGCGGCAGCCCUGCCGCGAAUGCGCCGCCGACGAAUUGCGGCAAUGGGACGGAGCCCCAUCCGGGCGGGGAGCCCGACAAGGGUGCGGAUGCGGCCGCGGCGGGAUUGAAGCUGCCGGGGUUCUCGUCUCGGCCCGCGACUCCUCUCGCGGGCGCCGGGGACGCGUUCACUCCCGACGCGUCGUCGCAGUUCUGCCAGUGCGGGAAGCUCCCGGCGGGAGCGGGCGGGUCGCCCAAAUCGGUGGCGAGUGGAAGAGAUCCGGAAUUCGGAGGAUAUUCCUCGGCCAGGCUUUGCAGCAGCUGCGGGAAACCUCCCGACCCCGGCGCGCCUUCGCCUUCGCCUUCUCCUCGAUCGCCCAAGCGUCCCGAGACGCCGCAAAGUGCCGAGAAGGGAGUGAAUAAAUUGGUGAUUCCGGAGCCGGCCCUCGGCGGCAUCACGGCGCGGUCGGCUGCCGGAACUCCGAGGCCGCACACUCCCAGACUGGGCGACAAGAAACCUGCCGCGAGUUCCCAGCGCCCGCCUCCUUCCCCGAUCAUCACUCGCCAAAGAGGCAGUCCUCUCGUCUGCCAGAGACAUCCUCCUGCUCCCUUUCAUGAGGUCAUCACGAAUUCCAAAAAGGCCCCGGCGGUGCAAGACUCUUCGAACGAUGCCAAUGCGAAGACGAAUGGCAAUUUGGAUGGUGCGACUGCUGAGGAUUUGAGGCGCAUGAAUCCCGAUUCCUUUGCUACCAAGGUCGUCUGGCAGGAUAAGUUUCGGAAGCAUAACAAGGGCAAUCCGUGGGCUAUAAGAGCUUAUUAGAUGGUAGUUGGAGUCUCGUCAUGUCACACCAUCUUGAGUCAGCAAGCAGCCACGUGCUGUAUCCUGAAACGAGCCUGUCAAUUGAUGUUGAAAUGAUUUCAGUUUGUGAGUCUUGGAAUUCAGACACGGACUGUACUCACAAGUACUGCGUGGAAGCUGAUAACGCAUCGAGAAAAUGACCACGUAAGACGCAAGAGUGACCAUCUUCACAGGCCCUACGACAUAAUGAUACGAAGGUGUAUGACACAUUCAUUUCUUAUUUGUUCCCGGGAGUAAAGAGGACCCCAUCAAGUGAGAUCCGAGUAAUGUAGCCGAAAAGAACCAUAAACCCUAGGACACAUUUAACUAGCGGAACAAGAGUUUAGACUAACUUCUUUCGUUUAAUAUGCAAUAUUCCAUUUUCACGUUCUGCUCCACGGCAUUCAAAUCUAGCCUCCUUCUGUGCAUACAACGCUGGGCCUUAUAUUUUAUUUUUAAAAUUUCUUUUAUUGGGUUGACUGUCAUGUCUUUACAGAAAGUAAACAUACGAGAAACCACAGUCUGACAUCUAUACCAUGAGUAAUUUCCAGAUUUCUGAAUGCUCGUCCAAGAAUAACCAAGAUAGAAAAUCCAAUGGAACAUUCAGGAGAUAAUCUUAGAUGAAUUCACUCUUUCAAAGUACUCGUCAUGGGUGAGUGAUUUGUGUAUUGUUUCCUUCAUCACCUUUGGAAAAAUAAUGGACUUAGUAACAUGGCUGUCUUUCGGGUUAUUCUCUGUCUUCUGGCUUGGUUUCCCUUGUCACUUCUACUUUUCCCGAUUGGACGCGUUCGCUCAAUGUUUGUAUAACCCAGAGAAAU